ACUUUUGUAUGUAUUGAUUGGUUGCGCUGUUUACGACUCAGCCGCAUAUUCUUCUAUCAGGAAGCCGGGCGCAUAAACUGCGGGUGCGUUACGGUCCUGUUCUUCUCGCUAUUCCUAUUCCUCCUCGCUCUGAUCAUUAUUGCUAUUUGAUGGACAAGAAUAAACAGGGCGAACGGUGACACGGUAUUUGUUCUACAUCUCGCAACCAACCACAGCGACCGGCUGGGCGGGGCCGUAAGUACACGGCUCACAUCAUCGCCGGAAUUAUGGAUCUGCCUAAGGCUAGUGAACUCGGCGUUCUGGCUGUUUCUGCGGCGGUCAUCAUCCUUACGACGUGCUGUUGGCUUGUUAGCAGGAAACCAUCGAAAGCUAGCAGGAAAUCCUCUGAAGAUAGCAGGACUUUUCGCGUCCGCAACGUGCCUCUCCACUGGAAAGCAACCGAUUUGCAGACCUUCCUGGCAGAGCAUAGCAGCCCCACCGUUAAGUCCAUCGCUACCGAGAUCCACAGUGGUUCUAACACCGGCACGGUCACCUUCAAGGACGUCCCCCUCCCACUCCAAGCAAGCCACCCCUGGGAUAUACCGUUGUCGCUACCAUCCGAAGACCAGCCUUUCCGCGACCAAUAUCUCACGCUCGACGAUGGUUUCCUCGGCAUCACCACCCUCUACAACCCUCUCCCGGAGGACCACAAAGUCGAUGUUAUCGCAGUCUCUGGUCUUGGCAGUCACGCUUUUGGAUCGUUCAAGGAAAGGGGAACUGAUUUCAUGUGGUUACGAGACGCCCUUCCAUAUGAUGUCACCUCCAAGGACACAGGCCGUCCGAUGGCGCGAAUGAUCGUCUAUGGACAUGAAUCAACCGUUGAGCAAAGCAAGAACAUGCAGAACCUGGAGGAUAUGUCAACAUCGUUUCAUGAUAGCCUGCUGGCGCUGGCUAGGGCUCCCACAGUACGACCGAUUAUUUUAGUCGCCCACAGCCUAGGAGGGCUGAUCGUUAAACAGGCCUUAAUAUCACUGUCCAAGUCGAAGAACGAGGACGAUCUAACGCUUUUUCGAGCAAUGUAUGGGAUAGUCUUCUUUGGAGUUCCACACGAUGGCAUGCAGAUCAAGUCCUUGAUCCCCAUGGUCGGUGACGGGCCGAACCGUUUUCUUGUGGAGUCUAUCAGCAGCAUCAAUUCCCAGAUUCUUAGUAUCCAACAGCGAGAGUUCUCCAAGGCCUUAGGCGGGCAGGGCGACUCGGAGAUUAUCUGCUUCUACGAGACACUGAUGUCGCCCACAGCAAGAAAAGAUGAGUUCGGUGAAUGGAAAAUGAUUGGACCAUCCGAAUUACUUGUCACCAAGUUCUCAGCGACGCACUGUCGCUCAUGGGAAGUUGGCCCGGAGCAUAUAUGUGCCGUUGCUCGCACGCAUUCCGACAUGGUGAGGUUUCGGCGCAAUGACCACGAGUACGAUAAUGUUCGUGAGAGGCUUAAGGGCCUUGCUCAACGAGCGCGUGUGCGAAUAUCUGUAUCUAAUCAAACCUGUACGUCCUAGUAAUAUUUUAGCAAAACUUAUUCUAAUGGCUUCAAGACGUCUCGAGGGAUCCUCAAGCCAAGGAUUGCUGGCGCGACCUGUUCUUGACCGACCCAUUAGAAGACAAGAACAACUUGAAACGAA